CAACACAAACACACACACACACACACACACACGCAUGGAAGUUGCCUCGUCCUCUCACACCAGACCGACCAAGACCCCUUCUCCAGCCGGCACUCGACCCUCAAAUGUUCAGCCUGCGCUCGCCACGGACUUUUGCCAUUUCCUCCCUUUCCUCCUCCGCAACCGCCGCCGUCGUGAUACCCCUUUGCCCAGAUCCCUAGAGGACCUGUCCUCGCUAUCCCUUUGUUUUCUUCUCUCCUUGUGUAUUAACAUUUUUCGGACGGUGCUGUUGCUGCUGUCGCUGCUGCUGUCGAUUUCGGACUCGAGCAUCGCCAUCACUGCCUCCUCGGCUCGAUCUCGGUAUCCACCAUUGCUAUCGCAGCAAUCGCAAGUGUAUCAUCGAGAAUCACAUCGUCCCUUUUGUCGCUGCCAAUUAUUUUUUUUCGCGCGCCUCAACACCAUUAUACCCACAUCCUAUCAAGCCACCGCCAAGCCACCGCCAUACCGCGGCAUCAAAAUCACGAUACACAUACACAUCAACAUUAUUCACACAGGCAACACCAAACCAGCAAUAUGGAAAACCUCCUCAGCCUCGCCUUUGACGGCCUCUCCUCCUACGACGGCCCCAAGGUCCGCAAGGGCUUGCGCCAGGUCGAGGGUCUCCUCGCCCAGAUCUGCCUCUCGUCGCCGGCAAAGACGAGAUCGCCGACAGCGGACGACGAAUCAACCCGCCGCGGCGCUGGCGGCAAGUCUCUCGCUGACCUGACCGACGACCCGGCUUUUCGCGAGUUCUUCAAGCUGCAGGAAGGAUUUGAGUGGAACGUCGCCAUGCGCCUCAUCAACACGCUCGACCGCCUGAUGGGCAAGGGCACCGACGGUCAAAACGACCUCCUGAUCCUCAAUUCACUGGAUCUGAUACAGGGUGUCCUGCUGUUGCACCCGCCCAGCAAAGCCCUCUUCUCGCGAGAGCAGAAUAUGAACCUUCUCCUAGACCUUCUCGAGCCUGUCAAUUGCCCUGCGAUCCAGUCCGCCACCCUCCUCACUCUCGUCACCGCCCUCAUCGACACGCCCACAAACACGCGCACCUUUGAGGCCCUCGACGGCCUUCUCACCGUCACCUCACUCUUCAAGUCCCGCUCUACCGCCCGCGAGGUUAAGCUGAAGCUCGUCGAAUUCCUUUACUUCUACCUCAUGCCCGAGGUUGCACCGGUCCCCCGCGCCUCCGCUACCGCCCUCCACCAGCGCAGUCCUAGCAAGCUCGCCGCCUCCACGACCGCCGCCGAUGCGAGCCACGCGCGGAACCGCGCCGGCAGCGAGUCCACUGACACCCUGACGACCGAGGAGAAACAGGAGCUGCUGGGCCGCCAUCUGAGCAAUGUCGAGGACCUGGUCAGAGACUUGCGGACGUGCACGCCCUUCGGGGGUGUCGUUUGCUAGCGUCUUUUUCCUCACUGGGGCUCUCGUAUUUCUCUCUCUCUCGGGUCUCUGGUGUUCCGGGCUUUUCUGACUUUGUCAUCUUUGGCUUCAUCGUCCUUCCGCAACUAUCUUGUCUGUUGCACUUUUCGAUCGUCAUUAGCAUCCUCCAUAUUGUUCGGCGUUCCGUGGAGGGUUUAAGGGACAGGUGUGAGGGAUACAAACGGUCAUUCUGUUUUUGUUUGUCCUUUUUUUCCAUUGCCAUGUGGGCGAGGAGUUUCUUUUUUUUUUUUUUUGGUCAGGGAAAGGGGGAGUUGCUCAUUGUAAAGAAAAGUCGCAGUUUCUUUUCAUUCAUUCAAAAAUCGCAUAGCACGUAUUAUCAGGUUUCUUUCCGAUUAUUGCAAGAGCGCGCGGGAAGGAAGAAUAAAGCCUGUGUGUUUGGAAUCCUAUUAACUACAUCGUCAAAAUUGCAAGCCCGUGGGUUCAUUUUCGUAUCCC